AUGUUUGGGCGUUCUCUAAGUGGCCUUUGCAACAUAUUUCUGCACGUUCUCGACCACAUUUACUCCAACUUUGCCGAAAUCAUCUUUCUGGACCGCGACCGUAUCAGCACCAAAUUGCACGAGCUCAGCCAAGCGGUUGUAGCAAAAGGAACCGAAGUUCACAACGUAUAUGCGUUUAUUGAUAGGACCGUACGAGAGUGCUGCCGGCCGGAGGGAAACGAGCGACAGCGGACAGUGUAUAAUGGGCACAAACGACGCCAUGCCGUGAAAUACCAGACCCUGGUGACCCCCGAUGGAAUCAUUGCCCAUACAUUUGGCCCAAUCGAAGCCAAGUCCGGCGUCAACACCAAUGACGUAAGCAUGGGACCAUCUUCUCUGCUGCCGCGUAUGUUCGAGGACGACUUGGCAACAUGGGUGCUCGUAAUGGCACGCGACGGUCAUCCUGCCGGCUGUCGCGAAUUCAAAUAG